AAUAGCUUCCAAAAAAAUGUUAAAUUUUUAGUUAAGGUGAGCGUCGAACGCGGGACGCGGCGGUGGAAUCCCGGCCCCUCAACCGCGUGGCGUCUUUGAUCUCUUCUCCCGUCUUGAUGCCGCGGACAAUCAGCAGCCCUCUGUAUGCCCGCAGGACCAUCCAAUCCUUCUUUCGUCCACUGCACGAAUCUAAUACUUCUGCCUAUCAUCAAACCGAGCACAAAAGAGAUCUGCUUUGCGUGUAGCGGUUCUUCAUCUUCCUCUCAUCGCUUAACCUACCGGAUCUUCGAUGGAAGGUGGCGGAAGCUGUGGCGGAAGUGAUGGCAGCGGUGUUGCCAGCAAUUACGGCGGGGGCGGCAGGGAGAGACCGAACAUUCUUGUUACUGGUACGCCAGGUACGGGGAAGACGACGACGUGCUCGCUGGUCGCGGACGCCUCGCAUCUCCACCACAUCGACAUAGGCAAGCUUGUCAAGGCCAAGCAUCUCUACGACGGGUGGGACGAAGAAUUCGAGUGCCUCAUCAUCAACGAGGAGCUGGUAUGUGAUGAGCUUGAAGACAUGAUGGAAGUUGGGGGAAACAUUGUAGAUUAUCAUGGCUGCGAUUUCUUUCCAGAGAACUGGUUUGAUCGUGUUGUGGUCCUGCAAACUAAUAUUACCAUUCUGCAUGAUCGCUUGACAAGCAGGGGUUAUAUGGGGCCAAAGCUCACAAACAACAUCGACUGCGAGAUCUUCCAGGUGCUCCAUGAAGAGGCAAGAUCAAGCUAUGCAGAGGAAGUAGUUCUUGCCUUGCCGAGCAACCACAUUGAAGAUCUCAGCAGCAACGUGAGAAUGUUAACAGAAUGGGUGGAUAACUGGAGAUCUGCUGGAUCUUGAAGAUUUAGUAGAUGAAAGAGAUUGGUUUCAGUAAAGUAUUAAGCGGUUCUACUAUUGUAUAUAGGAAGAGUGAAUAAAAGUGACUUUAUGCUAAUUGUAUAGAAAUGACCAAAGCUAAGCAUGUUAAAGUUCAUUAUUGAUUUGAGCUA